GCUUGCUGCUCCGAACUCCAUUUCCCAGACUGCAAUUCUCUGUAAUCUCAACAAUGUUUCUCUCUCGGGUCCAAUGUCCAUGUUGGAUAACGGGAAAGGCAACUUUCCUGCACCGCACAAUAUAAUAAUCAUGAACCUGAGCGGAGCAGCGGCUGGUGGAGCUGCAGAACGCGGUCAGUGGAGCGCUCCGGGCUCCGCGUCUUUAACCUGCAACCCCCGCAAGUUCAGCGAGAAGAUCGCCCUGCAGAUUCAGCGGCAAGCCGAAGACAUAGCCGCCUUCCAGGAGGUCAUGAUGGACAUCACUUCCACCAGGAUUCAGGCUCAGAAAGUUCGUCAAGAAAGAAACCUGGCUUCGUACUACGGAGGAUCUCUGCCGAACGUCAGUCAGAUAUCAGCAUGUCCGACAGGAAACCAGAGCCAGUUCCUGUCUAAUCCGGACUACGGUACGAACCAGCAGCACCAUAUCACAGGGUCAGAUCAUGGACAAAGAGAUCACAGGCCUAGCGUCUAUUCCCGACCAAACAGGAGACACAUCGACAGCGCUCCCUAUCUAUCUGUUCACUUGUCACCUCCUUCAGGCCCCAGCUGGCGCAGAAACUGGUUCAUCAGAUCUGCAAAUGAAAAAAGCCAGAUGGAUCAAACGCCAAUGACCGCCCUUAGUAGAACUCGAUCAGACUCGGCCCUUCACACCAGUGUGAGGAUGACCUACAACGGUGACCCGAAUCCUGAACAUGCCUUGACUGGCUGCUCCAAAAAAGCUGGGACCCUGUUUUUUUCACCUCCAGUGCCUUUAAUUGAGGAGAAUGUCCAAGAGGAAGGAAGGCCUCCUAAAUUACAAAAGAUCCCCUCAGCGCUAUCUGGAAGUGACACCCCUGGAAAUCACAUAAGCGGCUCUCUACCAGACCUUUCCAGUCUGUGUUUACCCUCUGCAGUGCCUGAGGCUUCAAACCCCCAAACUACGGUCAACACCACCCUGAUCAGCAGCUCCACCGGUGCAUACCACCUUCCCAGCAGUGCCACACCUGAAGUCUUGAUUGACAGUGAUUUUCCCCUGCCUAGUUUGUCAUCAUCUCUCCAGGCGAUCGUCGGUAAUCCCUCUCUUCAGUCUUCUCUCAGCAACCCUAAUCUCCAGACGACGCUUAGCAGCCCCUCGCUACAUGACUCUCUAAGCUCCACGUCCCUGUGCACAUCACUAAGCAACUCAUCCCUCAAGUCGUCCCUUAGUAGCCAGUCUCUUCUGUCCUCCUUUAGUAGCUCGUCUCUGAGUAACCAGUCGUUCCAUUCAACAGCUAGCAGCUGCAGCUAUAGUAGUGGGAUUAGCGGAUCUCGUUCUUGCUCCUCGUCCUCCCUGUCCUGUUCGCCACGCGCUAGCGGGCAGGUGUCGUCACAUACGACUUCAUCAGUGAAAAGAAGACAGCUCAGCCCGUUAAUGGUGCCCAGUGGUGAUGAAUCUCUUUGGCAACAACCAGCCUUGUCUCCUACACUCUCCUGUAUUACCCAAGGGGUUCCACUUAACAGCACGAAAUUACGACAAGAGGACAAACCACCACCAUAUCCUUACAGUCAGUUUCCUUUAACAGGAAGUCCAAAGGUUCAUAAUUCUUCUCAGUCUUGGCAGCUUCAUCAGUCAGAGGGAUGGGAUCAGUGCAGACAAAAUAUCAGAUGGUGCCAACAUCAAGGCACAAAGCUUUUAGGCUCUCACUAUAAACCCCAGCCACUAUAUAUGCGGCAUCAGAACCAACAGUGCCAAACACAGGACAGCCUGCUGAAUCAAUAUCACUAUGCACCUCAGCAACGGCUAGACAAACAAACACCGCAGGCACCACAGCAGUGCCAACAAACUCUAAGUAAUCAUCAGGUGCAGCAACAAGCAAUGAACUGUGCACAGGCUCAGCAAUACUUACAGCAACAGUUUCCACCACAGCAUCAUCAGCAAUACCAGCAAGACGACCAAUGCUGGAAUCACAACAUGCAACUCAUAAAUCACAGCCAGAAUCAGCAGCACUACCAAAGCAAAGAUGAAAGUCCACAGCACCAGCAGCCUCUUCACCAGCACAAUGUCCUGGCAGCUCAUGACGAAUACAAAUCAUGGAACUUUCCAUCCAGUCAACAAAACUUCCCUAAUACGAGGGGACAAAGAUCUCUAGGGACGUGUAUGCAUUUGAAGGAACGGCCAAAACUGCAGUCCAAGAAGCAGGUUCAAGAAACUGAAAGGGAACGAGCUCACAUUUCUAAACCAGUCCGUUCUCAGGAAGAUCUCCAGUUUAAUGAAAUGGCUUUUCCCGGUUCACCGGAUAAUGAAUUCGGGCUUCACAAUAAAUCCUACAGUGGCCUUCACCUGACACCGAACCAGACACAAGCUCUUUCACAGAAGCUUGGCCAACUGCAAAAGGUCAGCAGAAAUUCGGGAUCCAAAUGUCAGGAUGUAGAGGGGAAACACCUGUGUCAUGUUGAGCACUUCAGGAACUCACCACCCCAGAGUUACAGUGAUGAUGUGUCAAGUGGUUUUCCCAGCAACAGUUGUUCAGUGCCAUCUUCCUGCAUGGAUGAUGCGAUUUCAGAUCUGUCAUUCUCAGUUCCAGAAUUCGACCUGGACCCCUUUAUCCUGGCAGACUGAAUCACCUGAAUUAUAGAGGAUUUUAGUGACAUGCAAAAAAAGUUCACACAAAUUCAGGGUAAAUUUUACUAAAAAAGAAUAGUAAAUAUUUUAACCCCAGUGUAAUUUAUAGUAGAAGAAAUGGGCCUUAUGUACAGAAAAAUUAGAAUGUGUACAAACCUUUAUUAAUAUAUAUAUAUAUAUAUUUUUAAACCAUUUUAACGUUCAGUCUUACUUAAACAAACAAAAAAAACGUAGUUACAUUAUAUGUGUGAAUAGCUCAUUAGCAGUUUGAGAAAAAACGCCAGCUUUAGUCGAGCAGCACUGCUUCCUUUCAGGCAAAUAGUAAAUGAGAAAGUUUCUAUAAAUGAUUUGCACUAUUAAAACAACCUUAAUGUCGAAUAUUUAUGUUAAAGUCAAUAUUAAACGUGACACUAAUGGUUAUGUUCAUUUUUGCUAUAUAUUUUACUUUCAUAAGAAAAUCUGACAUAGUGCAGCAGAUCGUGUUGAUUAGACACAUCUCCCGCAUCCCAUAAUUCUGAGUUUGUGUUUGAAUUUUUACGUGUUCUUGUGUCUGUGUAGAGUUUUUCUGGCUUUUCCAUUUUCCCUAAAACUACCCUGUAGUUUGAUUGGCGAUUUGAAACCCUCCUAAGGCGUGUGCGCGUGUGUGUGCAUGAACUGCUGUCCCACCGAUAACGUAUUCCCACCUUGCAUCCAUUGUCACUGUUCCCAGGACACAUAUUAGGUCCACUAUAACCCUGCACAGGAUGAAGCAGUUACUGCAGAUGAAUGAAUAAAAAGCUUAUUAUUCAAUAAUCAUA